UCAAAUUCGCCUCUUCUCUCUCAACCCAAUUUCUUUUUCUUCCAAACAACACUUUAUAAAGGCCCGGUCGUGCAUUCUCUGAGCGUCGCCGGAAAAUCUCGCCGACGAUAAAUAUGACGGGAUCCCUUGCUGCAAGGCUCGUCUUUCGUCGAACGUCGCCGGCUAGCCGAUUCAUCCCCCGCCGGGAGGUCUCUCUACCCGCGGCUGAAAAAACGAAAGACGCGAUCGCACCGCCAAAGGAGCUUCCGGCGUUCGACUACUCUCCCUUGGCAUACUCUGGUCCCAAAGGCGACGAGAUCCUCGCGAAACGCAGGGAGUUUCUAAGCCCUUCGAUCCUCCACUCGUACAAAACUCCGCUUAAUGUGGUGGAGGGGAAGAGACAAUAUCUGUUCGAUGAUAAGGGAAGAAGGUACGUGGACGCGUUCGGAGGGAUUGCUACGGUGUGCUGUGGGCAUUGCCACCCCGAUGUGGUCGCAGCCAUCGUCGAACAAACAAAGCGCUUGCAGCACUCCACGGUUCUCUACCUGAACCACGCCAUAGCAGAUUUCGCUCAGGCUUUGGCUUCUAAGCUUCCCGGUAAUCUUAAGGUGGCGUUUUUUACAAAUUCUGGAACGGAAGCCAACGAAUUAGCGAUUCUGAUGGCAAGACUGUACACCGGCUCCCAUGACAUCAUAUCUCUAAGGAAUUCUUACCACGGAAAUGGUGGUGGAACAAUGGGUGCCACAGCUCAAAGCAUCUGGAAAUUUAAUGUUAUUCAGAGUGGUGUUCAUCAUGCAGUAAAUCCAGACCCUUAUAGAGGUAUUUUUGGUUCUGAUGGAGAGAAGUAUGUAAGAGAUGUUCAAGAAAUCAUCAAUUUCGGAACUUCCGGAAAUGUUGCAGCCUUCAUAUCUGAAGCUAUUCAGGGAGUAGGGGGCAUCGUUGAAAUGGCUCCUGGUUACUUACCUGCUGCCUACGACAUUGUUAGACGAGCUGGAGGUGUUUGUAUUGCCGACGAAGUUCAGUGCGGGGUUGCUCGCACUGGUAGCCAUUUCUGGGGGUUUGAGGCCCAUGGUGUUGUACCUGACAUAGUAACAAUAGCAAAGAGCAUCGGAAACGGCCUUCCUCUUGGUGCUGUCGUGACUACUCCUGAGAUUGCGAAGGCCUUGACUCGCCGAAGUUACUUCAACACUUUCGGUGGGAAUCCUGUCUGUACAGCUGCAGGAUUGGCUGUUUUAAGAGUGAUAGAGAAAGAGAAGCUUCAAGAAAAUGCAUUUGAAGUGGGUUCCUAUUUGAAAGACAGGCUCAAUACACUCAAGGACAAAUAUGAAUUAAUUGGUGAUGUGAGAGGACAAGGCAUGUUGCUUGGAGUGGAACUUGUCACGGAUCGCAAACUUAAAACACCAGCACCAACUGAAACACUGCACGCGAUGGACCAAAUGAAAGAACUAGGAGUGCUAAUUGGAAAGGGUGGCUACUAUGGAAAUGUAUUCAGAAUUACACCUCCCUUAUGUUUCACCAAAGAAGAUGCAGAUUUCCUCGUGGAUGCGAUGGACUACACAUUUUCCAGAAUUUGAAGCUUAAAAUAUGAUCCAAGUGUAAAUAAAUCUCUAUUUUCUAUCCUUAAGUUAAAGUGUUCUGUAUCAGAAAACAUUUGGUUCCAUGAUAGCACCACAAAAUUCACGUUUUUUAUACGUGGAAAUGUAGAGGUAACCAAGAGUUGUGGUGAGAUUGAACGUCAAAAUAACUGUUUCUCUGGAACCAAAAGCAAAAGUACUAGACCAUCGAUCUAUCUGGACUUUAUAAAAUGUAUAAAUUUUGCAUGCGUGCUUAUCCCA